UUUACAUGGCUGAAGGCAGUGGGCCCACAUGAUUGUAUAGAAGGUGAUGGUGGUGCCAAAAGCCACCCCCUUCUCCUUCCAAUCUGUAAUCGGGGCAAACACAAAGUGAUUUCAGAAUCUUAGUAUAUGCUGUCUCUCUGCAAUUCCCAUGGAACCUAAAACACAACCCCCAGGAAAUGGUCCUCCACCUAAACCCUGGGAACAAGCAGGUUCCUCGUCUGGCCCCGCGCCUUUCAAACCGCCGUCAGCCGGCAACACGAGUGAUGUAGUUGAGGCUUCAGGGACUGCAAAACCCGGAGAAAUCGUUGCUAGCUCUGAUAGGAAUGCAACAACUGUUAAUAGAAAUUCUCUUGGGAGGCCUGUUCCCACAAGGCCAUGGGAGCAGAAUUAUGGAAAUAGCGGCUAUGGAGGAUAUGGUUCUGCAUUGAAUUAUAAUUCCGGGUAUGGAUCUGGAAUGUAUGGAUCUUCUUAUGGUGGACUUGGAGGAGGAAUGUAUGGUGGGGGACUGUAUGGAAACAGUAUGUACAGGGGAGGAUAUGGUGGCAUGUAUGGCUCGUCUGGGAUGUAUGGAGGUGGAAUGUAUAACAGUGGCUUUGGCGGUCCAAUGGGUGGUUAUGGCAUGGGUGGUGGCCCUUACGGAGAUCAAGACCCCAAUAAUCCAUAUGGUGGCCCUCCCUCCCAUCCUGGAUUUUGGGUUUCUGCCCUACGUGUGAUGCAAGGUGUGGUUAACUUUUUUGGUCGAAUAGCAAUACUCAUAGACCAGAACACACAGGCUUUCCAUAUGUUCAUGUCUGCCCUUCUCCAGCUGUUUGAUCGCUCUGGUUUAUUGUAUGGAGAACUAGCUAGAUUUGUGUUGCGGUUGCUUGGGAUUAGAACUAAGCAGAGGAAGGUUGGUCCGCUAGGUCCGAAUGGACAGCCACUGCCUGGACCACACAAUUCUUCUGGAAAUAUAAACUACAUUGAGGCACCAAAGGCUGCUCCAAGUGGUUCUUGGGACAACGUUUGGGGAAAUGACCCCACUCAAUGAUAUGGUGAAGUUAUUUUGCUUAAAGAGUUCGUCCAAAUAUGUUGAAAAGAAGAAACAGCAGCAUUCUACAAGACGACACUGAAGUUGCAAAAGUCGUAAUGUAUAUCAUGGGUUUCAAGUUGAGUUGGCUGUUUUCUCUUUGCUUGCGUUGGUUCUUGAUUUUACUGGAAGGGGAUCUUAAAUAAGAUACCAUCCCUGCAUUAUACCUUGUAAGCUUUUACUUUGAGUCUACUGCACGCUGCUAUAUGCUACUUGCAUGUAUUUAUUUGUAUCCAACGUAAUAUUGCAUACCUGCGUUAUGAUUUUCGGGGGUCAUGUAACAGUGUGAACAUUCUUCAGGUUUGCUUUAUCCAUGGAUCUGCCAAACGUCCGUAUGACUACAUAAAGUCUGCGUUAAAUUUUUAGUUUA